UUUUUUUUUGUAGGACCCGAUAUCUGUGGAUUUGAUAUCAAGAAAGUUCAUGUUAUUUUACAUUUCAAGAAUCAGUAUCAUGAAAACAAGAAAUCAAUCAGGUGUAAGGUUGAUGGCUUUACACACCUCUACACUCUAAUUUUAAGACCAGAUCUUUCUUAUGAUGUGAAAAUUGACGGCCAGUCGAUUGAAUCCGGCAGCAUAGAGUAUGAUUGGAACUUAACAUCACUCAAGAAGGAAAAGUCCCUGGCAGAAUCGAAGGACCGGAAGCUAACUGAAGACAACAAAGCCCAGGACUGGGAGAAGCAUUUUCUGGACGCCAGCGCCAGCAGGCAGAGUGACUGGAAUGGUGAACUGGAUGGGGACUGGCAGACCGCAAUGCUCCAGAAGCCCCCGCGCCAGGAUGGCCUGAAACCGCAAGGUAUUGAUAGAGACAUUUGGCUCCACCAUAAAAUGAAGAAUACCAACUAUCUGACACAGUACGAUCUCUCGGAAUUUGAGAACAUCGGUGCCAUCGGCCUGGAGCUUUGGCAGGUGAGAUCUGGAACCAUUUUCGAUAACUUUCUGAUCACAGAUGAUGAAGAGUAUGCAGAUAAUUUUGGCAAGGCCACCUGGGGCGAAACCAAGGGUCCAGAAAGGGAGAUGGAUGCCAUACAGGCCAAGGAAGAAAUGAAGAAGGCCCGCGAGGAAGAGGAGGAAGAACUGCAGUCGGAAGAGAUUAAUGGUCAUGAAAAUUACUUCAAUCGAUUUCACAGAAGGAAUGAACUUUAGUCAUCCCCAUUGGAGAUAAGGAUGACUGGGAAAACCUCGUUGCCACUUUAAUCUGUGUUCAAAACUCAAAUGUCUACAUGGU